AGUAGAAAUUUUACGUCACAUCUUGGCUCAGCGAGGUUGUUGCUGACCAGGCUCAGGAAUAGUAGUAAGUAAAAGCAAUCCCGAGUCUUGAUGUGUUGAUCGCGCCGGGGGACAAGGAUGAAAACUUGGCAAAUCCAGCCGGUCCCGACGAUGCGCGGCGUCCCGUUCAGCUUCUUCGCCGGCGCCUUGCCAGUCCUCACACGGUCGCAGCACCUUCUGCAGCGCGAGGGCGUUCGUUCAGCAGGAGCAGACACGCCCUUGUCUGUUGUAAUCUCUUCAGGUCCAGACUCUUUUUUGGAACAAGCCGCGACCUUGUCUAUUGCAGCUAGGGUGCUGGAAAAGCAUCAGGCUAUAGAGACAGCAGGAGAUACUUCAGCACUCCCAUCCGCUAGUACUAGUACAGCAGCAACGAGCGACGAAUUUUGCGAUUCUCAUUUCGGCGCCGGGCUUUUACGCCGCUACGAUGAAAAUCCCGUCGUCCUAUGCGGUCCCAAGAAGAAAAAUAAUGGACCAGCAGAAGGUGAAGGACACGACGUAAGCACACCUUCGAGCAGCGACGACACUGAAGCUGCAGCCUCAUAUCUACAGUGCAGCGGGCCCAAGCUGAAGCUCGAGGGAAGCAAAAUCGUAGAGCUCGGUAAGGGCGCUUACUGUUGGGGACGAAACUUGACCUUCGUGAAACAAGGAAAACACGGCGACGCCGUUAGCGCGGCAAGUUCCGAUGACUGGCGCUGGGUGCUAGAGGCCAACUGUGACUGGCAGAUAGAUCCUGCGUCCAACCUGCGGCUUCUGAUAUCCAACAAAAUGUACUAUUUUUGCAGUCCUUCUACUACGGAAAUCUACUUUCCCAACGUCUUGCUGCUAGCUAGGCAUGUUGAUAAUGCAGUUUGGCGAAUUUCAUCAAGCCGUUAUGAUAAAAACUUUCAAAAGAAAGGAAGCACUUAAAACAAGCUCCUCCUUUGAAUACUUUUUUUAUCUGGAUACCGAAACCGCUACCAGUACUACGAUGGCCCGGUACCAGCAGGCGACCCGGAGGUGUAUCUUCCUGUACCACGAGAAAUUCUCGAUCAAAGCAAAGGGGGAGCAGCACAGGAAGGCUCGUCACUCGUGCACGAGCAGGCAUUCCGGUCCCACUUUGAUAGUGAUAGGAAAAGCGCGACGGGAAGAAACACCGUCGGAGAUCUUCACGGCGCGUCGAGGUCACUUUCUCAAGCGACGAGAGGACAGCACGACAGUGCAGCGCAGCACAGCGGGAGCACAAGAACAGAAGAGCAUCAAUCUGAACAAGUGUCAGAUACCUUGUUUGUCCUCUCCUACUUUGAAGACGCCUGGAACCCGAGCGAAGGUCUCCCGCAAUUGUUUGCCGUUCACCUCACCCAGCUGCGCGCGUUCCAACAGCUGCGCGGUUUGAAUGGCAAAGACGUACUAAACCUGAAAGCCGCAGGGACACAAGAAGAAGCUUCGCUCGGUGUAGCUCACGGGGAUCUUCUCGUUCUAGAGCGAGACCCCGGUCGCCGACAUGUUUCGAAGCCCCACGUCGUGCCCUACAUGUUUCGCAGGAUGGUGAACGGGACGUAUGUAUCCUGAGGGCAUAAAAUCCCGCCGUUCCCAUAUUGAAAGGCAAAACUUGUGAUGCAGGAGACCAUCGGUGGCCACAAUGAAUCACAAAUCGAGUGCAGAGGAGGUAUGCCUACGCGCCGCAUUAUGGAAGCGAUUUGGCACCAUCCGCGUGCAGCUGUCGGGCCUACAGGUUAGGCGGCUGCAGCCAUACUAAGCAACUAGAUGCGAACGCCCCGCCACCGGCCGAGGAUGUGGCUGCAGUUCUUUACUGCAAGACAGCUCGUUAAGUAAUUUGUGUAUCGUUCUUACGCAAGACGUCAAGCCUCAGAAGGAGCUUUGUCUGAAGAAGGGGGACGGAUGUUUCAUUUUGAUACUGUGUACGGUCCGACGAGACGCCGUUGACACAUCAGACAGGAGAAACUGCGAAAUCUAGUACAACGGCGGGCGCGUUUCUUUCUCUGCAGCCAACCGAGCCAGUAGACACACGACCAUCUGCGCCGCUCGCCGCGCCAAUAAACCAGCAGCAAAGCGGUCCACGGCACCGGCUACAGCACGGAGAGCGAGGCGGAGCCUAUUUGGAAGUAGAGCAGCACGGUCGUGCGCCGGAGCUUUCGGCGCAACCUGAACACCGGACCCGUUGGACGGGAAAGAACGUUUUUUUCGUAAUUGGCACGGACGAGGAAUGUUCUCUCGGGAUUGACUGCCGUGAGUACCCAAAGGACGCGGCAAAGCCUGGCUGUACAGGCAGCCCUACUCCAGAAACAUCAGGCACCGGCCGAAGUACUAGUACAAGCGUCGAUACACAACAACCACACGACUUCCCGCGCUUUUCGGAAUGCAGGGGAAAGGGGCCUUUCCUGGAUUCUGCAAGCCGGCACGUGAUACAAGCAUUCCAGCCGUCAACUACAUCACCUGCGACAUCCGUAGUGGAUUCUGCAAGCCGGCGCGUGAUACAAGCAUUCCAGCCGGCAACAUCUGCGACAUCCGUAGUAGGGGCAGCAGCAGCUGCCGGGGGACGGGAAGUAGAUCAAAGCUGGAGUGGAGGCAGUGACUCAAGUGCUGCGGUACUCUCCUCUGCUUCAUCUCGGGUUUCUGGUAUGGAAGCAAAUAAUCUUCUUCACGACCCAUCCUCGUCGUCGUGUCUGAUUCUUCUGUACAAUCGCCACAGCCAUCGUCGAGAGGCGGAGAACCAGGAGGACGCAAAGUUCACGCUGGAAAGCAGCUUGAACUUGCAGGAGCACGCGUUGAAGACGAAAAAUGUUGCCCGCGAGCGGCGUGAGGCAGAGUUUUUCCACACUCUGCGAGCGAUCGCCGAAGAGGCCGAGGCAGAGCACGCAGCAAAUGGCGCGAGGACUGCUAUGGGAUCACUCGCUGCGAUGGGGCGUUCUACGGAGGUCGAGCGGGAAGAUGUUGCAAAGAACGCAAAAGAGGCGGGGGCGGGGGCCCUCGGCAGGACGACAUCCUGUGUGGUGGAAGACUAUAAUCCCGAUCCUGACGUACUGCCGCUAGCGCAACAGGUGCAGAAAUUAGCUAGUGCUUCCAUGCUGGUGGGCCCCCACGGCGCGGUGUAUGCGUGGGCCGCAUUAAGCGAGUACAGAACUCCUCCUUCCUCUUAUGUGCAUGGCAUCUGCAGCGACAGAAGCAACAGCUUCCGCACGACAAAUCUACACGCGUAGAGUAGUACUGUUUCGGGUUCUCGAAGCUUAUCAUCCAGAAAACACUGCCAGAAGGCACAGCUUGGAUUUGGUAUUUUGCAUGACUUUGCGUAACAGCCAUCGGCGGCUGUUUGCAAAAGGAAAGACAAAUCGCGAGGCAAAGUGUUUCGCACUAAUUCUGUUUAGCGUGACAAAUGAGAGGGAGGGGGAGUGGUGUGCUCUCUUCAUACUCGUUGUUGAUGCCGUCGCCGUGCGCGGUUCUGGUCGAGAUACUGGGCAUGCAGUACAAGGUAUGCAUGGGAGUGUCAUGUUGGGAAUUCUGAAAAUGUAAAAGUAAAUCAUUUUCUUUUGCGAUGCAUACAAUCUCAAUCAGUAUCCUUUGGAACUGAACCCGCAAUUUCGGGCAAUUUUUAAGUGGCGCAUGACAAAUUUUCCAGGCACGGAACGCCAAUAUGUCGUGCUCCUGUUGAGAGAAAAAGCUAAAGCAAGGUUUUUUUGUCAUGCCUGCAGCAACCUAUCCAUGGCGCAUGCUGAUCCCAGUGAGUCAGAGUCUUACAAUCUGCCUCAGUUGCCUCGAAUGCAACACAGACAUAUGCGUGUGCUGCAUUUCGUGCAAGUGCAUUACAAGUUGAUUUCCAACCUUACGCUUCUAUACAAGGGCCAUCGGAACGUGGCGCUGUUGCGGAACCUGCAGCAUGUGAACUACGUGCCAGCCUGGGCACCCAAGUGGGGAACCGAUUCCUUCUCGUAUGACACAAGCGAGCUACUAUCCACUGCAAGUAUGUCUGGGUCUGGAGCGUUAUGAUGCUAGUAGUACAAACUUGCAUGAGUCAGAAACUUACUCCAGUACUUACGCAGCCACGAAUGAAAAGUCGCGUUUUUGCAUGCCACAGUGAGGAAGACGGACCGCUCGGGGUUACGUCGCAGUAAUGAGAAUGACGAUGAUGAUACUGAUGAUGAUGACAAAGAGGGAACCCUAGUAUCCCCUAAAAUGCAUCACAGAGUCUAGGGGAGUUGCGAUCCGGCUGCAUUAUAUUUGCAUAUUCAUAUUGCAUUUCCAUGCAGAUGGAGGGCGCAAGCCAAUACAGUUACCUUACCAUACCGUGCGAGAACAUCAAUGCAAAUCUGGCAAUCCUCUUCCAGGCCCAGACAUCUUUGCAUUUCAUAGCUGCGCACCGAGUACAAAAAGUGGCGCACUUUGUUGCACGAAUGCCAGCAAAGCGGCGGACCUCCCAAGCCCGUCCAGAGCAACGGGGGCAACGACGGGUCCGACCAGUAAAUGAAAAAACAGGUCGUGCGCUCGCCGGUAAGAUUCAACCACAAUCAAACACCGCUACUAGCCGAAUAAACAAAGCCAGCCGGGUAGACGAAAGAUGUUCUAGCUGUUGAAGCUGAUGAGAACCGGCUUCGGUGAAGAUAUUACAUAUUUGGACCAUAACAUGUACACAAACGUAUAGCCAUAGUUGUAGAAGCGGCGGGCGCUCCUGUACGUACAACGGUUCUGUGGGAUGCUCAAGCACAGGGCGAGAGCUAUCUGCGAAGCGAGGACUUGUUUUAAGAAAAAACUAGAAUACAAGAAACGCCUUAUUACCAUGCUACCGACUGAGCAAUCCUUCCCAAGGAAUACGUGAGUGAGGAAGGAAGCAAAAUGUAAGGACAUGCACAUGCACAAUUGUAAAAUCUGAUCAACGUCUACUUCUACUGUCCUCGGCAAUAUGAUCUAUCAAUUCGGAUUCUCCCAGGAAUAUCACUGAUUUUAGGUUUCGUUCUUCCAUGGAGGUAGAAACAAAAGCCCACUGAAAGCAACGGCUCGUCUACCGAAAUUGAUUGGGCUGGGCAUGGCAUUUAGGGUAGGAUGAAGAGCAAGAAGCAAAAGGAUGCUGAUGUCGUCCUUUAGUUGAGAAGUAUAUUUGAUUAGCUGAAUUAUAUAAGUUAGUUUAGCGCCCCUGCAAGGCGCCCGGUAGUACAAAGGCCCAAGUUCUAGUGGGCCUGGCGCAGAGCCCAGGAAAAAAAAGACAGAC